AUGAAGUCCGUCCUUGUUGCCUUCACCCUUGUCUCUUCUGUUCUCGCCCAUGGCUGGAUCGGUUCUGUUAGCGUUAGCGUGGGCGGCGCCAAGAAGCUCUUCAAAGGCAACGAGCCCACCGAAGAGCUGCCCAACGCUGCCUCCAGUGCCAUCCGCCAGAUUGCGAACAACCUCCCUGUCAAGGACACAACAUCGCCCGACCUUACCUGCGGCAAAGACGCAAAGCUCGCCAGCCAAGUGGCCACCGUCGCUGCCGGUAGCAAGCUCGAUGUGUUCUGGCAGACGCUCACGGGCUCCGGCUUCUGGUUCCAUGAUGUUGGUCCCAUGAUGGCCUAUAUGGCGGACUGUGGCGGCAAUUGUGCUCAAUUUGACGCCAGCAAGGCCAAGUGGUUCAAAAUACAAGAACAGGGCAUGGAUGCGAGCGGUAAAUGGGCUCAGGCAAACCUUGACAAUGGCUCUCCAGCGACCGUAACCAUUCCGGCGAACCUCAAGGCGGGCAAUUAUCUCCUCCGACACGAAAUCAUCGCCCUCCACACUGCGCAGUCUCAAGGCGGUGCAGAGUUUUACCCUGGCUGUGUGCAGCUCAGUGUCACUGGCGCAGGCAAGGGUGUGCCAAGCGACAGCGAGACCGUCAAGCUUCCUGGCGCAUACAAACCGACUGACGCUGGGAUUCUCAUUGACGUCUAUAACAUGAAGGGCGCCUACAAAUUUCCAGGCCCAGCCGUGGCCUCUUUCAUUGGUGGUGGAUCUCCGGCCCCAGCACAGGGUGGCUCUGAUGAUAACACUACCGAGAAGCCGUCCUCCCCCCGCCACCACAAAGAAGAGCACUUCCCCUCCUGCAAGCUCUACCACCAAGAAAGCUUCGUCUCCGGCUUCCUCUACCACGAGUGUCGCAUCCGCGGUACCGACGAAAUCUGGCUCAGCUUCCUGUCGGGCGAAACGUUCCCACCACCGCCGUCAAGAGGUUGUCGAUGUCCGCGAGGAAGUCCGUCGUUCCCGGGUUCGCCACAUGCAUCGGGCUGGCGUUGCCCGUUCCUUCUGAGCACAGUUUUGCCAUUGUUCCACCACAACCCCCGAUUACUCCGUCCACAUUAUCUCCGACUCCCCUCCCCCAACAACUCCCGUCCAUCCUUUACAUGA